CCCAGAGGCGUCCAAUCGGAUUCCUCGGUCUGCUAUCGAUUCCAAUUUGUCUGAGGCAAAGUUUUUGCGUCCGUCGCUCCUCGAUACUAGACCUGCCUACUGCCUGCUUACGGCUGAGUGCUCCUGCUGAGGGAAAAAAAAUAGAGCACAUAGAAGAAGAAAAGAGGCAGAGUUGGAGGGAGAGAGAGAAAAAGAGAGCGAGAGAGGGAAGCCGGGGGUGGACCGUUAAUUUCAUCCACACACCGUCUUGAAUGCGUGGAGGAGAGUAGACUGAGCUGCUGUAAAAACAUCACCUCGCCGAGGACCGGAGGACUUACGAGACAAGCAGAGAGCGUCUAUAUAUAAAGCUUUAUAUAUACAUGUAUAAUAUGGAAAACUAUGAUGGCGAAAAUGACUAUAUGCAACAAGAAGAUGACUGGGAUCGGGAUCUCCUCUUGGAUCCUGCAUGGGAGAAGCAGCAGAGAAAGACAUUUACAGCUUGGUGUAACUCUCACCUGAGGAAAGCAGGCACGCAGAUUGAGAACAUCGAAGAGGACUUCCGGGAUGGACUGAAACUCAUGCUGCUGCUGGAGGUCAUCUCAGGCGAACGCUUGGCCAAACCAGAGAGAGGCAAGAUGAGAGUCCACAAGAUCUCCAAUGUUAACAAAGCCCUCGACUUUAUCGCCAGCAAAGGAGUGAAGCUGGUUUCUAUUGGAGCUGAAGAGAUCGUAGAUGGCAACGCCAAGAUGACCCUGGGAAUGAUCUGGACCAUUAUCCUCCGCUUUGCCAUUCAAGACAUUUCUGUGGAAGAGACAUCUGCCAAAGAGGGCCUCCUGCUGUGGUGCCAGAGGAAGACUGCCCCAUACAAGAAUGUCAACAUCCAAAACUUUCACAUCAGCUGGAAAGAUGGUUUGGGGUUCUGCGCGCUCAUUCAUCGACACCGUCCAGAGCUCAUUGACUAUGGAAAAUUGCGCAAGGACGACCCCAUGACCAACCUGAACACAGCCUUCGACGUGGCAGAGAAGUACCUGGACAUCCCCAAGAUGCUGGACGCAGAAGAUAUCAUUAGCACCUUGAGGCCAGAUGAGAAGGCCGUCAUGACUUAUGUGUCGUGUUAUUACCACGCAUUCUCAGGCAAACAGAAGGCAGAGACAGCGGCCAACAGGAUCUGCAAGGUGCUGGCUGUCAACCAAGAGAAUGAGCAGCUGAUGGAGGACUAUGAGAAGCUGGCCAGUGAUUUGCUGGAGUGGAUCCGUCGCACCAUCCCCUGGCUGGAGAACCGAAUGCCGGAGAACACCAUGCAGGCCAUGCAGCAGAAGCUGGAGGACUUCAGAGAUUAUCGCCGCCUCCACAAGCCGCCCAAAGUGCAGGAAAAGUGCCAGUUGGAGAUCAAUUUCAACACCCUGCAGACCAAGCUGAGGCUCAGCAACAGGCCUGCAUUCAUGCCCUCUGAGGGAAAGAUGGUCUCGGACAUUAACAAUGCGUGGGGAAAUCUGGAGGGAGCAGAGAAAGGCUACGAAGAAUGGCUCCUCAACGAGAUCCGCAGGCUGGAGAGACUCGACCACCUGGCAGAGAAGUUCAGGCAGAAAGCAGCCAUCCACGAAGCCUGGACUGAAGGUAAAGAGGACAUGCUGCAGAAGCGGGACUAUGAGACGGCCUCUCUGUCAGAGAUUAAGGCUUUGCUGAAAAAACACGAGGCCUUUGAGAGUGACCUGGCGGCACACCAGGACCGCGUGGAGCAGAUUGCAGCCAUUGCACAGGAGUUAAAUGAGCUGGACUACUAUGACUCCCCCAGUGUUAACGCUCGCUGCCAGCGGAUCUGCGACCAGUGGGACGCUCUGGGAGCUCUGACCCAGAAACGCAGCGAGGCUCUGCAGAGAACAGAGAAGCUCCUUGAAACCAUCGACCAGCUGUACCUUGAGUUUGCCAAAAGAGCGGCUCCAUUCAACAACUGGAUGGAGGGCGCAAUGGAGGACCUGCAGGAUACAUUUAUUGUCCACACCAUUGAAGAGAUCCAGGGAUUAAGCACAGCCCACGAGCAGUUCAAAGCCACGCUGCCAGAGGCUGACAAAGAGCGCUUGGCCAUCCUGGGAAUUCACAAUGAGAUUGCCAAAAUUGUGCAGACCUAUCAUGUGAAUAUUGCCGGCACCAACCCGUAUACUACCAUCAACCCACAGGAGAUUAAUGCCAAAUGGGACAAGGUCAGGCAGCUGGUGCCGCAGCGCGACCAGGCUUUGAUUGAAGAGCACGCCCGGCAGCAGAACAACGAGCGUCUGCGCAGACAGUUUGCCAACCAGGCCAAUGUCAUCGGGCCCUGGAUCCAAACCAAGAUGGAGGAAAUUGGCCGCAUCUCAAUCGAGAUGCACGGCACCCUGGAGGACCAGCUGACGCACCUCCGCCAGUACGAGAAAAGCAUCGUCAACUACAAGCCAAAGAUCGACCAGCUGGAGGGAGACCACCAGCUCAUUCAGGAAGCUCUCAUCUUUGACAACAAGCACACCAACUACACCAUGGAGCACAUCCGUGUGGGCUGGGAGCAGCUGCUCACCACCAUCGCUCGUACCAUCAACGAAAUCGAGAACCAGAUCUUGACAAGAGACGCCAAGGGCAUCAGCCAAGAGCAGCUGAACGAGUUCCGGGCUUCCUUCAACCACUUCGACAGGGACCACUCGGGCACUCUGGGCGCGGAGGAGUUCAAGGCCUGCCUGAUCAGCCUGGGCUUCGAUAUCGCCAACGAUGCACAGAAGAGAACAGGAAUCAUGGACCCUGAAGACUUCAAAACCUGCCUUAUCUCCAUGGGUUACAACCUGGGUGAAAACGAGUUCUCCCGCAUCAUGAGCAUAGUGGAUCCCAACAGAAUGGGCCUCGUCACCUUCCAGGCAUUCAUUGACUUUAUGUCCCGUGAAACAGCCGACACAGACACCGCCGACCAAGUCAUGGCCUCCUUCAAAGUUCUGGCAGGGGAUAAGAAUUACAUCUUAGCUGAUGAGCUCCGCAGGGAGCUGCCUCCAGACCAGGCCGAGUACUGCAUCGCUCGCAUGGCCCCGUACACUGGCCCCGACGGUGUCCCCGGAGCCCUCGACUACAUGUCGUUCUCUACCGCCCUGUAUGGAGAGAGCGACCUCUGAACACUCUGUCAGUUGUCCUGACGCGGGACCACCAGCCUACUCUAAUCAACCGCCACGUCCUCUGAAAUGCCCAGUCACCACCCUCCUGUUCAUUUUUUUUUGUAUGUCUCUGGCCUUAUCUUUUUGUCAUUAUCCUAUGUCUCCUCCUGCUUUUCUCCCCCUCCACCUGUCCAGCCUCUCCACCGCUCCCUCACACUCUGUCUCCGUUGUAUUUGCUUCCCACGCAAUGCAGCAGCUCUCCAGGUUUACAAAGAGGGAGAGACAAAAAAUAUUUUGUUUUCUGUUUUUAUUUUCUUGUUGUCAUUGUUUUUCUUCAUGAAAUGAAUAAAGUUAACAUAUUUUAUUAUACUGAACAAAAAAGGUAUUUUUCUUCACCUGAUUGAAAAUAAGAGACAACAAUUGUAAUAAAGAAAAAUUGCUAUA